GCUGGAUACCAUGGGGAGAUAACGUUUUUCCCCCUGAAAGUAUGUUUCAAAGGCAGUGGACACAGUCUGAAUCUAUGAAAUUACCUGAAAUUGUCAUCAUUUUUCCCUCCUUUUUAAAAAUUCUGUGCCAGAAGAAGUGAGUUCAGAAGGAGACUUGCUGCCAUUUUCAGUAUGAAAUAAAUGGGUAGGAGGUAAUUUUCUGUGUGGUCUUUAGGGUGCUUGCCACAAUCAUGGAUGCUCUGUAAACCCAACUUGAUGAUUUUGCGUAGGGUUAAAUCCAUAUUACUUCCUCUAGAAGUUAAGAGUAUGCGCCUUCAGAAGGAAUUUGAUACCCCAUGUGUUGGUAAUCUACAAGAAGAUGCCUCCAGGCAUGCUUAGAAUUUGUGAAGAUACUGUUGGGUAAGGUGCACUGAGAAGUUACCCUGGAAGGAGUGAAGCUGCUACUGCCUGCACCUCUGACCUAAGUCUUUUGACCUCGUGCUUUCGGCUGAGGCCUAUGAAGUCUUUUGAUCUGACUGGUUCAGGUUAGGUCACUGGUGCAGUUAACUUGAAUAAGCUGCUUGGUUUGCUUGGCAAGUUGUGUUGUUUGAGGACAGGUAGACAGAUGGGUCCUCUGGCUGGAUUUGGAUUUAGGAUUCACUCAGUCUGGUGGUCCUCAAAUGGAUGGGCUUCAGAAUCAUGGGCUGGGAAACUUGGCUGACAUAACGUGUUUCUAAAGUCCAUCUCCAGAAAUUCUGAGUUGGAAGAUUGAAAAUCUUACUGUGUACCUCAGGUGACCCGGGUUUGAUGCAGCCCUCAGACUUGCACUUUGGCCUUACGUAUGUGCCUGCAAGUUCAAGUCUAAUUCUGACAGGGGGGAACAUCACGUUUGAGUCCUUGCAGGCCCCUCUUAGCUUUGUGACUUCUGAGUUAAUGGAUCUCUCUUGUUCUGACCUGCAAAAUGGGGAUGAUGAGGUUGGCCGAAAUGCCUCCCUCACCGGCCUCUUGUUGGGAUCAGAAUGAGCGGACAGAAAAAGCAGCCCCAACCUAAGAAAGCCCUGCAUAGGUUCUUCAGCUCCAGCUCACAUUCUCUAGAAUUUUUAGAUGAGAAAAGCUUGGAGAGGGUUUUUGUAUCCUGAAAAUCCAGGAGGGCAUUGCUUAAGAUAGGCUUGGAAUACUUUGUAAAAUAAGUAACAAGUUCUUUUACUGUUUCUUGUUCAGCUAGGUGGUGGUAUUGAGGAGUCCAGCUCCUUUAGGUUUUCAGACAGUGAUUUUGAUCCUGUUUUCCCCAAGUGACAGUGAAGUCUAAACACACAUUUCACCAUUUUCUUUUAAAUAAACAUUCGGUGAUUGAAUCAUUCAGAUUCAUGGCUUUAAAAAACUUGUAUUUUCUUCAAGGUGUACUCUCUAGAAUGUAAUGUGGUUUGGGAAAGGAAGCAGUUCUCUUUUGCUAUAAUCAGAGUGACUCUAGAGAAGUUUUUCUGUAAGGAUUUUGUAAGGUUUGGUAUGAGGAGCUCCUUUUGUGAUGUUGACCCCAGUUCACCACAGUCCACAAACAAAACCUAGGCUUUAAAGCCUGAUGAACCUAAUCAGAUUAGCUUGCUAGGUAGCGUGUGGGUGACCCAAAUCUGACCAGUGUCAGCAGAGAGAGUGGAAGUUGAACCACAUUGAACCCGAGCCUGUGGUCAGUGUUGACUUAGAAUUAGGACUGUGUCAUACUUUCGAAUUCACACAUUGCAGUUAUAAAAUUUUAAGACCAGAUGAGUUCAUAUUUAGUUCUGAUACUUGAUUUUUUCUUACUGUUUUAACAUUUGAGGAUAUAACCGAGUACAGGGUCUUUUGUCUGAAAGAAAGUCCCAUGGAGGGAUUCUGUACUUAACACAUGCAGCUUGUCUGUGGUUAGAACCAUUAACCCAGAUGACUUCAGCCGGAUUGUUACGCAGUUACAACUGUUGUAGGUCUGUUUCCCUUUUGGCCGAGUCUGAAUUGGAAAGAAAUGUUAUCUUAGUCCUUGGAACACAGAGGCGCUCAGUUGAGGUGGUUAGGGUAGUGUCGUUAAACUGGUUAUAUAGAUAAGCAGGUCUACCCUUAGAGUUGGCUUUUUUAGGCCCCUUAAUCCAAGACCUUUAAGUCAGGACCAUAAAAAUUAAAAUCUAAAUAACCUGUAUUUAUACUGGAGGCUUUGAGGUUCUGAAAUGCAAAAUGAAAAUAGCCUGCACAGACCAGUUUCUGCAAGUAGGGAGAGGCAAAUCUUUGUCCUGUGACUGUUUGUAAGCAAACCAGGUUAGCUGCCAAAGCUUAGAACUUUGUAGAUGGUAUCGAGAGAGAUUAAGUGAUGUCACUGGUUUGCAGUUCUGUCUGAUGUCUGUCUUUAAAAAUUAAAAAAAAAAAAAAAAAUCCUCCUUUUUCCUGGUUUAUUUUGAAUGUUUUUCCCAGUCUGCAGGAAUUGUUGGUGGGGAUAGGCUGGAUGCAGGUAUGAGGAACGAGGAGGAAGAAGAAUUUAUUACAUUUACUGAUGUCUUUAACUUUCAGUUCUGGUUGUAGAAUGAGAUUUGGGAAGUUGGUAGGUGUGAUUCAGCCCAUCUGCGUAAGUUCUAACACAGCUGGAUGGUUCUUACUAGUUUCCAGUGGGGGCAGAGGUGAAUUUCUAAGAUUCAGCCUUAAUGGAUGAUUCACUAAUUGUGGGGUAGACUAUUAAAGUUAAGUCCAAGAUCAAGCAUACAAGUGGGUAGACUGAAUAUAUAAAGGGAGUGUGUGGCUAGAGUCCUCCUCUGACCUUUACCAAAAUGAAUGAGGGAGUCAGUGCUUUGGCCAGGAGGCCAGGGACCAGGAGCUGAGAGACCACAGCCCUUCUCCAGGGCCCUGCGUCCCGGGUCUGCAGAGCAGAGCUUUCUACUGGCUCAGUGAGGGGUGGAGCAAGGAUGGUUUCCCCAAGAUCUCUUCUGGGCCAGGAGAGAGUUAACUUAGGUCUGUAAAAAGCUGAUAGGGUACUGGAGCAGAAAAGAAUGGAAGAAUGCCUAAGUUCCGGCAGAUAUUGCCCCGGAGUCCAGUUUUCAUCAGGAGAAGGAUAGGAUUUGUUCAGAGAAAAGCACAAUGUUUCUCAGCAUCAGCUGCCUACAUUUUGCAUGUGAAAUUAUUUUUUUUAAAUAUGAAAUUUAUUGUCAAAUUGGUUUCCAUACAACACCCAGUGCUCAUCCCAACAGGUGCCCUCCUCAAUACCCAUCACCCACCCACCCCUCCCUCCCACCCCCCAUCAACCCUCAGAUUGUUCUCAGUUUUCAAGAGUCUCUUAUGGUUUGGCUCCCUCCCUCCCUUUCUCUUUUUUUUUUUCCUUCUCCUUCCCCAUGGCCUUCUGUUAAGUUUCUCAGGAUCCACAUAAGAAUGAAAACAUAUGGUAUUUGUCUUUCUCUGUAUGACUUAUUUCACUUAGCAUAAUACUUUCCAGUUCCAUUCACGUUGCUACAAAAGGCCAUAUUUCAUUCUUUCUCAUUGCCACGUAGUAUUCCAUUGUGUAUAUAAACCACAAUUUCUUUAUCCAUUCAUCAGUUGAUGGACAUUUAGGCUCUUUCCAUAAUUUGGCUAUUGUUGAGAGUGCUGCUAUAAACAUUGGGGUACAAGUGCCCCUAUGCAUCAGUACUCCUGUAUCCCUUGGGUAAGUUCCUAGCAGUGCUAUUGCUGGGACAUAGGGUAGAUCUAUUUUUAAUUUUUUGAGGAACCUCUACACUGUUUUCCAGAGCGGCUGCACCAGUUUGCAUUCCCACCAACAGUGCAAGGGGGUUCCCGUUUCUCCACAUCCUCUCCAGCAUCUGUAGUCUCCUGAUUUGUUCAUUUUGGCCACUCUGACUGGUGUGAGGUGGUAUCUGAGUGUGGUUUUGAUUUGUAUUUCCCUGAUGAGCGACGUUGAGCAUCUUUUCGUGUGCCUGUGUGAGCAUCUUUUCGUGUGACCAUCUGGAUGUCUUCAGCAUGUGAAAUCUUGAAAAAAAUCUCACAAUGAAAUUCUAAAGUGUACAACUUCUGUGUUUUAAUGCAAGUUUUGACUCUAAAAGAAGGAGCUUUGACAGAAGUAAUAAGUGGUUCAACAACACGUGUUUGACUGCAAGCUGCAGGAAGAGCUUUGCCAGUAAUACAGCAGGUCCCUCCUUGUCCUCAGAGGAUGCAUUUCCAAGACCCCAGGGGCUGCCUGAAACCGUGGCUAGUACUGAUCCCCAUGUAUACUAUGUUUUUUUCCUGUACAGAUAUACUUAUGAUGGAAUAAUUUACAAACUAGGCACAGUAAGAGAUUAGCAACAACUAGUAAUAGAACAGUUGGAAAAGUAUGCUGUAAUAAAAGUUAAAGGAAUGUGGUCUCAGAGUGUCUUUGUGUACCGUACUUACCUUCUGGUGACGAUGUGAGAUGAUGAACUGCCCACGUGGUGAAAUGAAGUCAGGGGGACGACGCAGGGGCUGUGACGUAGCAUUAGGCUACUAUUGACCUUCUGAGGGUAUGUCAGGAGGAGGACGCAGUUGACUGUGGGUGGUGGGGGCUGCAGAGAGGGAACCGUGGAUGAAGGGGGACUGCUGUGUGCCUGUCCCUGAAUCGCCCUGUGUAGUACAAGAAUCUAAACAGCCCACACCCAGGACCUGCCAUGGCUCAUCCUAGUCGGGCAUGAGUUGCCUUCAGGUUCCUUUCCUCUGUCGCUGUCUAGGCAGUUGUUUUAUCCCGUUCGUAUUUGCAUUUCUUGCAUUGGGGCCAUUGAUAGAUUUUGAAGUAGUUCUAGUGGUUUUAAGGUCUGUCACACCUCACGGUCGUUUGGAUUUUAGCAUUCUAAAGGUUUCUAACCCAAUAUCCGCCUUUUUUUUUUUUUUUUGUAUUUUAUGUUUUUCUACAAAAUGAUGUGAGAGUUAAAACGUAGGAUUAUAUAUGAGUGCUGGUUUUAGUUUGAAAUUUAAAUCCUGCAUGGUCGAAUGGAAUAAACUGUGUUUUUUACAGGUAACUCUAGGCUAUCCCAGCUUGCUUCUGUGUGCACCUCCCUCCCUAUUAAUUUUAAAGGCUGAGAGAAGAAAUGUCGAAUGAAAUAAAAAUAAUUAAAACAAUUUUCCUAAGAAUUUCUAAUUCUGUGACUUAAUAUCCCCCCCCCCCCCCCCCAGUCUUUAAGGAGUGUUUUUCUUUUUUGGGGGAGGAGGUGGGUAAGUAGUUACUGAACCACAUUGAGAAUCUGCCUUUUUUCUUGCAUCAUGGUACUUUGAAGUCUCUGGCAUUUGAACCUGAGUUUGGCACUGGUGUGGAGAGGAAGAGCAUGGUUUUAAAUGUCAUGCGAGUGGGUAGAGUCGUUGACCUCAACUAAGGUGUGAUCUUGAACUUGAUACUAAUCUUCAGGGUCCCCUCCAGUUCCAGCAGUCACUGACUUCCCUCUCGUUAAUUCACGUUCGAAAAGGAAAAGCCUCUCUCCUUGGAUAUCAGGUUGUAUCUGAAAAUUGUUGACAAAUUAUAUAAAGCAGAGAAGAAAACAAGUUUUUGUUUGUUUUAAAGUCUGUCAAGGAAUAAUUGACACACAUAAUUAGGACACACGUUUUGAUGUCUUGAAGCUCUACAGUGGUAGAGCUGGAAGGACGGUGUUGACACCGCUACUCAGUGGAGCAGAAGUACCACCCCUGCAGCGGGUUCUUGCGUCCGUCACCACAGCCCUGGUGGCUCGGGAGUUGCUCCUUCCGGCAGCACCCUGGCAUCUCUGCUGUAGGGAACCACCGUCUCCUUCGGAUUGGCGGGGGAUGCCCGAGCUAGUCUCAGGUAGCUUUUUCCAGAAUUCGUUUUUGUGCAGAGAUUGAUCUAGAAGAUUUUACUUCUAAACAUCUUCCUUCCCACUUCUGUUUUUGGUUUUUUGGGUUUUGCUUUGUUUUGUGUGGUCUUUUGUUUUGUUUAACCUGAGUUACUGAUGAUCAUAUUUUUACUCUUUUUAGGUAGAAGUUUUCUGAACUUUCUUUACCUAAAAAGAGAAAUUCAUCUUAAUAUUUCUCCAUUUUUCUCCUGUUUCUUCCCAGGGAAGGAGAAAUAUAUUUAUUAUGACAAAAUUUAGCAUAUUUUAGUCCCAUAUGGAAACAUUGGUAAGUGCAGGAGCUACUGUGAGUAGAAAUGGGACAUUGGACUGGAAAAUGAAAAUUCCCCCCAAAAUGAGUGGGAAGCAGUUAAAUGUGGGGGCGUUAGCCAUGUUUUCUUUUUUUUUCUUCAAUAAAUCCUUUUAGUUUAUUAAUAUCUAAUUCAAUAAAACUCUGAUUUUAAAGACCUUGUGCACCUUUUAUGACCUUUCAUUGAACCACUUUACUUUUGAUGUUCUCCGUUGUGACAAAAUUGUGUUUCCAUUAUUGAUGAAAUGGGAGCAGACUUUUUGUCUGUUGGUGUUAUCUUUGUGGUGUAGGUCUCGGGAGAAGGUCUUGUUUGGUGGUAAAGUAACAUUUUGGUAACAUCUUGGUAAUGAAAUGCGAUUUAGCUGGGUAUCUUUAAACCUGGCAUCCAUGUCCCUGGGUGGAAUCUUCCCACGAGAUCUACCUUUGGCCGAGUCACCGUGUUGUGUUGUGCCCUGGACCAAGAUUGAACACUGCUGCAUCUAGUCCAGGCCUCUCUCAGGCUGACUGAAGGACCCCCAUCCACAAUGCCCUUGUGGCCUUCCUCUUUCCAAAGCAUUGGAGCUCAUGCAGAGGACAGCGUAGAGAGCUGCUGUGUCUUCCAGUGUCCCAACUGUGGGGGUCAGUUGGCCUUUUGGUUUUGGUGAACCCUGCUUGAUCAUCAGGCUCCCUGGCGUUUUCCACAGUUUCUGUGACAGGUGGGCACUGUGCUGUGUAUACGUCCUAUGGGUCAUUUUGUACUCAUACUCGUCCUGGCUGUGUGUGCUGUAGCUCCUGUCAUUGCUGUAAGUUCAACUUUUAUCAAUAAAAAGAAUGUCUCACAUUGGAUGACAGAUGGCUGUGUGGUAUGGUUUGUGGGAUGGAGUCUGAUGUUCCAUUUCGUGUUCUGUACAUGGAAUUGUCUCCUCUUCCUGGUUCUUUCUAAACGUGGCUAGCUGACUCUGGUGGAGUCAGGUGGAAGCCCUCGGAGUUCCACGAUGACUUCAUAGAGGAGCUACUUUGGACUCGGGGACAGCUGCCAAGAUGUCUCAGUUGAAAUGGAAGUCGAAAACCAAUAUACCUCUGUCAAAAAUAGCCAGCAAGGUUACCUGGGGAGAACAAAUUGGGUCAGGGUCAAAGCCAGUGUCUUCUGAGGACUUAAGAGAGAACUGUCAGUCUCAAAAGGCACCCACCCCAGGUGGAUUCCAGAAGAGCGAGGAGGUUCUUAGCUCCCCAGCGUCAUCCAUCACUCUUAGCCAACGUGAGUCUCAACUAUUUACCCGGCUACCCAUGGCCAAGAUGGAGAAGAUGUUUGAGGAGGAUGUUGACUCAACCGGAGCCCUGGGCGUGAAGGCUUUCAUUAAGGCCACGAAGAAGAUUCUGAGCAAUGUGUCGGAUGAGAUGCUGGAGGCUCUGUUUUUGAAGGUGGACACAGACUGUAAUGGCUCCAUCACCUGGCAGAAGUACGUGGAUUACGUGAUGCGUGAGUUCCAGAGAAAGGAGAUGAUGAGGACAAGCCAGUACCGCCUGCGCUUCCACCUCCCCAUGAGGAUCAUCCCCCUGAACCAUGGAUGUGAGAUUGUGAAGGUGCAGAUUUUAAUCCAGCAGUUCAAGAAGAUUGGGCAUCUCCUGACGGUCACCAAGGACGGGAUCUUGCAGAUCUGGUCUGAGACCUUCUCGCUGAUUAACUCCUUCAGGCUUAACCAGAUCCAGCAGCCCCACCACCAGCAGAUGUGGGUCAUCGACAUGGUCUGUCUCCACAACAUGAACCUGAUAGCAAUUGCAUCUACCGACCAGAAGAUAGAGUUCUUUGAUAUCAGCAACCACAACUGUGCCCGGGCCUUCACCUUCACUGAUCUGGACAGUUGUGUCCUGACCAUAGACUACUGGUCUGACUGUCACAGAGGUGUGUUCUGCUAUGGGGACACCAAAGGCAAUGUCAUCGUCUUCACUUCCAGCAAUGUGACCCACGGGCUGUUCAACCCCCGAAUCCUCCCCAGGACCUCCAAAUGGGAUCACUGGACCAACGUUUCCGCACGGAAGCUCCUAAAUGAAAAGUCCCCUUUGUAUAGAAGUUACUGGCUGAAAGCUCUUCAUCCCAACUGGUGCCAGCAGGUCAAGUUCAUCCCCCAGCUGAACAUGGUGGCCUCUUGCUCAGCCAUUGAGAAGUCCUCUCUGGUGCUGACCUUAUUGCCGUCCAAAGAUCUAGAGAGCCCCAAGUUUUCAGUGCUGAACUUAAGAAAAGGGAUUCUUUGCUUUGAUUAUUGCCCAGACAAGAACUUGGUGGUGACUGGCGGCUAUGACCCCCUCAUCCGCCUGUGGAACCCCUUCUUCUCAAAAAGGCCCAUGUGGCUGAUGAAGGGGCAUCAGACCUCCGUGACGCACAUCCUCAUGAACAGCAAGAACAGCAGCAUCCUCUUCAGCAUCUCCAAGGACAAGAAUAUCCGCGUGUGGGACAUGCAAGACUACAUAUGCCUUCAGUCCUUUUGUGGGAAGCUCUUUGCCCUGGGCAACUGCCCCAUCACCAGCGCCUACUUCCACGAGAACGAAGACAGCCUCGUCUGCACGACCUACUCAAUUGGGAUCCUAAAAGGGUACUUGGAGACCAAGGGGCCUGGGAAAGCAGGGGAGAAGACCUCGACUUACAGCACACCCCUGUGUGCCAUCCUCUACAGUAAGAUUUUUAAGCAGGUGGUGAGCGGCUGCCUGAGCAGCUUGGUGACAGUGUGGGAGAUCACGACGGGCAGGAGGAUGAUGGAGUUCUGUGUGACUGGGGACCAGCACGUGGAGCUGACCACCAUGUGCCUGGAUGAAUCAGAGCGGCGCCUGCUUACGGGUUUGUGUGACGGCACCAUAAAGAUGUGGAACUAUGCCGUUGGCGAAUGCCUGCUGACCUUCCCCAACCCGGACCAGCUGGAGGUUAGCGGGAUUGUCCACAUGAACGAGGUGUUCUACGUGACAGGAUGGAGUAAGAGAAUCACUUGUUUCACGCUCCACGAGACCAAGCCGAUGCUUCGGUGCCACCACUGGCAGAACUUCCACAAGGAAGAUGUCCUGAGCAUGGCCAAGUACCAGAACCAGUUCCUCGGGACCUCCUCCUACAACGGGGACGUCCUCCUCUGGAACGCCAACCUGUUCAAGCCCAUCCUCAAUUUCAACGCCUCUAAGAGCCCCUUGCCUUUGCUGCCCAAGAAGAUCCAAGAAGUGGACGACUCCCCGGCAGAGGGUUUCAGGUCCAGCAGGACCUAUGCGGAGCCCAAGAAGUGGGCACACAAAGCCCCCACACAGCCCCCGGACCCCAGGGCCAAGACUGCGGCCAAUGCUCACCUACAGCGGAACGUGAUGUCAGCUCCCCCAGUGAUGAAACGCCCCAGAGACAGGGAGCCAGAGAGACCGGUGGCCCCGCAGAAACCUCUCAGUGCUGAAAGCCCUAAGCCGUUUAGAAUACCCUAUGGCAGAGAGUCAGUUCUCAGAGAUGCUCAAAGGAGAGGAGGGGAGUUCCAGAAGAAGGUUCUGCUGCAAUCCAAUGCAUCGGUGGAGAAGAUCAUCUUCCUGCAGACCAGGCCUCGCCUGCCACACAUAGCCACCCUGCUGAGCAGCUGCGUGGAUGGCCACAUCUAUGCCUGGUCCAUCCAUGAAGGCGGAGGUCUGCUCGGGAAGUUCCCUGUGGACUUCGAAGACAAGGGGGAUGUGGUUGUGGGCGCCAUGGCCACUGAUGAAAAAGACUUGAUCCUCGUCACAGGGGAUUGUAAAGGAUACAUCAAGAUCUGGGACAUCAAAGAUUAUUGCACAUUCAGUGACAAGUGUCGACUUCAACCCAAUGGAACAAGCAAGUUCCAGUUCUUAAUUCCUGAACGGGUCCAGAUCAACCUUCCACACUACAUCCCCUUGAAGGAGAAGGAGGUUGUGGCUGGCCAGACCAUUUCCUUGGUUCCUCCCAAGCUUCUGAAUACCUGGAAGGACCAUUUGGACAGUGUGGCAGACAUCCUGUAUGUAGAUACCUUCCAGCUGGUUAUCAGUGCUGGCCAGGACUGUAAUGUGAAGGCUCGGAAACUCUCCGGUGACACCGUUGGGACGUUCGGCCUGAGUGUCUGGAAAAGGCUGCGGGAUAUUCAGAUGGUUGGUGAUCCUGAACUGAGAAGAAACUCAAAGGAGGAGGAUGACACUGUAGUUGCUGCCCAGAAGGCCUUCCAUUCAGAGCUGCAGGAGGAGCGGGCUCUGGCUGAGGCCCUGGUGUACCAGCGGCAGGAGGAGGCGGCACUCGUGGCUCUCCUGAAUGGGAAGCCAGACACGGAGGCUGAAGCUUGGGCCAACCUGCAGAAGAUAACCCAGACGUCCCCGUGGGCUGGAGAGCGCUCCCAGGAAGACGUUGAGAGCAGCUGGUCCAAGUGGGAGUCCAAGGGCAAGCAGGAGAGCAAAGUUGUGGGAGCCGCGUACAAGCCUAAGGACCGGUCACGGAGUCCUGGACUCCGGUCCACCAACGUGCAGUAUGGCUGGAUGAAGUACCAGAUUUCACCUCAGAUCUACCAAAGCCUGCACUUCAACAACCUGUCGCCCACCCACACGUCUGACCUCGUGUUGCACAACGUCCUGGGGCAGCAGGGCCAGCGCACCCACCCGGUGACCCACAACCGCCAGAAGGACCCGGAUGCUGACAGGGAGACCGUGCCCAACACCACGACCAGCUCGCCCACUGCCUCCCUCUCUCCCAGUGACUCCCUCUCCUGGACAGCCUCAGGCUCCAGGUUCCUGGAGUCUGGCCUGUCCACCUCCCCGUACCUCCAGUCCUCCCCCUCGGUCUUGUCCCAGGCAUCCAGGUACAUCGUGCAGAGGUCGGCCACCCCCAUGCCUGUUGCCUCGUCCGUCAAGCAGCUCUCAAGACCCCCGAAUACCACCCUUCUGUCCUCCAUGAAAAGUUCCCGCAUCGGGUUCUGAGGUGGCCCCCCGUGUCUCCAGUCGUCCAGCACAGUGACCAGGCCCAUGGGGGUCCUGUCUGUCCCUGGCUCACCCCUGCCAGACCCAGAGGAUAGAGACCUCCUUCUAUUGACCUCCUUCUUCACUAGAGUCCUGGAGAAGAAAAUAAAUAUUUACAGAUA